AUGAUAGAAUACGACGAUGAGGAAGUUGUCCCUAGGGAUACUUACAACCACCACGAUGUCGCUCUGAAACGAGCGUCCCCAUUCCAGCAACAACAUCAACGCCCAACCCGCUGCAAAAUGGCACGAAAUCUCGAAAAUUGGCAACGUCAAGCCAUUGUUAAUAUGGACGCUGAUCCUCAGGCUAAGCAGCCCUUUGAAGACAGUCCCUUCGCCAUGGCCCUCUUCUGGCAAGGAUCUCCUACGACUAUCCAAGCUCAAAACACCGAACUAGUUGAUACGCAAUCUACCCCUACGAGGAACGGCUUACCGUAG